AUGGCUUCACCGCAACCAAAGAGAGAGUCAUGGUGGAAGAUUCACCUCUUCCGGGGCAUGAUAAAGGAUAUCCGUCGAAGACUCCCAUACUACGUGAGCGACUGGACCGACGCAUGGGAUUAUCGAGUCGUCCCUGCCACUAUCUACAUGUACUUUGCCAACAUCUUGCCUGCGUUAGCAUUCUCCCUCGACAUGUUCCAAAAGACAGGCUCAAACUAUGGUGUCAACGAGGUCCUUCUUUCAUCUGUCCUAGGAUCGGUCAUAUUCUCCCUCUUUGCUGCUCAGCCACUUGUUAUUGUGGGCGUGACGGGUCCCAUCACCGUCUUCAACUAUACCGUCUAUGAUAUCAUGAAGCCUACAGGGGUCAACUACAUUGGCUUCAUGUGUUGGAUCGGCAUAUGGUCACUCAUCCUUCACUGGAUUCUCGCCAUAACCAACUCUUGCAAUUGGCUUCGAUGGGUCACACGCUUCCCCUGCGACAUCUUUGGCUUCUAUGUCGCCUUCAUCUACCUCCAGAAAGGAAUCCAAGUCCUCGAGCACCUUGGCAGAGGACAAGAGUUCUACCUAUCCAUCGUCGCAGCCCUACUCGUCUUUAUGGUUGCAUAUAUCUGCGGCGAACUCGGCGGUAGCAGUCUCUUCCGACAUCCCUUGCGCGUCUUCCUGAAGGACUACGGCACGCCCUUGACCAUCAUUUUCUUCACUGGCUUCGUUCACUUCGGUCGUAUGCAGGAAGUCCAACUUCAAGUUUUGCCAACCGGUAUUGCUUUUGAACCAACCAGUGGUCGAGACUGGCUCGUCAACUUUUGGGAUUUGAGCGUCGGGGAAAUCUUUCUGGCGCUGCCUUUUGCAGUUCUCUUGACCAUUCUCUUCUGGUUUGACCACAAUGUUUCUUCACUGAUCGCACAAGGUAGUGAAUUUCCUCUUCGUAAACCCGCUGGCUUCCACUGGGAUAUCUUCCUCCUUGGCUUGACGACCGGUGUCGCAGGCAUUCUCGGUCUGCCGUUUCCUAACGGGCUCAUCCCUCAAGCUCCAUUCCAUACCGAGUCCCUCUGCGUCACCAAAGCUGUCAAAGAGGAUGACUCGGACGGUAACCCAAGAGACGGGGGCUACUCCUUCGAAGCCACGCAUGUCGUCGAGCAACGCGUUUCCAAUAUUGCCCAAGGCCUUCUCACCCUGGGCACCAUGACUGGUCCUCUUCUCGUGGUGCUUCAUCUUAUCCCCCAUGGUGUCCUCGCAGGUCUAUUUUUUAUCAUGGGCGUUCAAGCUCUCGAGGGCAACGGUAUCACCGCAAAGCUCAUCUUCCUAGCUCGUGACCGUGCUCUCACGCCUGCUUCUAGCCCCUUGCUUCGAAUCCGCCGGCGAGCAGCUAUCUGGUACUUCGUCCUUAUCGAGCUCGUCAGCUUUGGCGCCACUUUCGCCAUCACGCAAACCGUCGCUGCUGUAGGCUUUCCAGUUUUCAUUUUCGCUCUCAUCCCCAUCCGCGCUAUUAUUCUUCCUUAUAUGUUUUCUGCUGAGGAACUCUCUCUUCUCGACGAACCCACAGCUUCCGACUUCAUCAUGGAAGGCAUCGGUGGGUCUUGGGGUGGCAAGAACGAAGAGAAACCCGCUUCGCAACAGAGCGACUCUCACGGACGACUGGAGUACCACGAUAGUGUACUUGCUCAUCCCGGAGCGCCAAGGAAGAGCCAGGAGGACCUCGCCGAGCUAGGACGGGUACAGUCUGGACGGAGCACGGGAACCAGAAGAAGGAGUUUGGAGAGACGACCGCAAAGACAUUCAGACGUAUAG